AUGGAACAUACAAGAACUCAUUCCAUAUCCGCUCAGGCUAAUAAUAAUCAUACAUCUUCAAAUACCAAUAAUAACACCACCAAUAACAUUACUGAUACUACCAAUACUUCUGGAAAUAACUCCCCUUCUAACAACGAUAUCAGCAGCACUUUAGAUAAUACAAAUAAAACCCCAGACAUAUUAAUCACAGCUCAUAUGAAAAACAUCUCAAGAUCAAAUUCAACUUCUCAUACAAGUAAUAGUGUAUCGCCAGAUUCAUCGUCUUCCUUGGGGGACUCAAAAGAACACGAUGAUGGUACAACCACCAAUACUACUACAAUCACGACUACUGACACAGAUCCAUCUAAAUUACUGAGUAACAAUAGAAUGAUGAGAGAUUAUACCGAACUAUCAAGUCAAAGAAACUUGAUGAAUAGCGGAGCGAUAACUCCAAUGAAUACUAUACCUGAUUCGAAUCACAAUAUCUCAAAACCAAAAGAAGUAUGUACGGACAAGGAAGAAGAGAAUCAAGAGAAAAGAAUGAAAAAGAAAACUAUUUUCAAACAGUUCGAUUCUAAAACUGGUCAAUUUUUAAGAAAUGCAGAGACUAAUAAGAGUGACAAUAUCAUGAUACCAAUACCAAUUGCAGCAGCUUCCACUUUCCCCCAAACGUCACAACAUCCAAAUUCGAAUGUUCCUGGGAUACAUACUUCAACGGCACCUUCACUAGUAUCCCGGCAACAACAUUCAGAAAAUAUUCUAACUACUAAUGUAAAUACCCAUACUGAUACCACUAGCAACAAGAACGCCCCCCCAUAUCCGUCUAUACGACUAAUACCAAAUCCAAGACAACAACAAAAAAGAUCAUAUUCUGUACCAACCAUUGUACAUUCUUCGUUAAGAAGGUUAACGAAUCAUAACCAUUAUUACAGAAAUCAAAACUUUGAUGGCAAUAAUAGUAACAAUAUCCCGAUAUAUAAUAAUAACAAUAACAAUAACAAUAACAAUAACAAUAACAAUACUAAUAAUAAUAGUAGCCAGCCCAUGACAUCUUACGGAGUUAUGAAGAAGAAAUCACCUUCUAGAAAUCAUCUUUAUUUAUUACCUCAACAGACUGAUAUCCAAGAAGAAAAUAGUAUACAAGCGGAAGGAGGAGUCCCAUCUUCAUCUACUUUAAGAAAUGCCAUAUUUUUAUCUCGUAAAAAAUUCAAUAACAUCAAUAGCACCAAUAAAACUAUAUCCAGUUUAUUAAAAACCUCAAAUAUCAAUAACAACAACAAUAACAACAACAAUAAUGUAUCAUUACAGGAUAGAAUAAAUUAUAUUCAAUCAACACAACUUCCAAUACAAUUACCCCCAAUUAAUUUACAAUGUUUGAAAGAAAUUGAUUUGCAAGAAAUUGUUAAGAAUCCUCAAUUAAGACAUGAUAUAAUUUUUGAUCCGUUAUUACAAUUUAGACCCAAUCUAGAUGGUGAUAGAGGUAUUAAAAAGAGAAAUAUAAGUGAUAAAUAUUGGAAUGAUGUUCAUAAUGAAUUAAUAGUUUAUUCUGAAAGACCUGACGUUUUCAAUCCAAAACUUUCAAAAUUACCUCCUCUAUUUAACACUUUAAGAGAUGUACUUUUAACAAUUGUACCAACAAAAGAAUCAAAUUUGAUUACUGAUGCUCUUGAUACAGAAUUAAUCAUUCAAGAAUUAUUAAAAGGUUCAUUAAUCAUGUCUAAUUUGGCUGAUUGGUUAGCGAAAUUGUUUAAACAUCAUUGUGCUCCAAUGAGAGAUUCAUGGGUAGAUAAAAUGUCCUUAAAGUUUAUUGAAGCACAAUCAGAGAAUUCUAUACUGAAACUAAUUGAUGCAUUUAAAAUCGUUUUCCAAAUUCUAGAAGCAAUGAAAUUAGAUAUUGCAAAUCAUCAAAUUAGAUUAUUAAGACCAGCUCUAUUAAGCAACGCCGUGGAAUUUGAAAAACAGUAUUUUAAUUCAUUAAUGAAUUCUAAAAAAAUUAAUCUGAAACCUUCCUUAAAUUGGUUCGUUAGCAAAUACAAUGAAUAUAAUAUUACGACGAACGUAAAUGCAAGCACAAGUACGAGAACACGAAAUAAUAACGAUGUGAAUAUACCGCACGUUUACAGGUUAUGUCUAAGAAGUACCAUAAGUUUAUUAUCAUGUCGUAAAAUGGUUAGAGAUUAUCCGACUUCAUUAUCAUUCGAUCAUACUAGAUUGAUUUUAUUGAGAGCAGACAUUCGUCAAUUAGUUUGUUUAUUGGUUUGCCAAUUACUUUUCCAACAACUUAUUUCAAAUGAUACUACUAUGGAUAAACCAACAAAGGACUUCAUUAGUUCAUCAUAUUCUAAACAAAAAUUAAAAUCUGACAUUACCAGUAUUAUUACUGAUGACCAUGGUAACUGCAGAUGGACGAAAAAUACAUUGGCCAUUUCUAUUCAUCUUUGUAAAAUUAUAAAUGAUUUGAAAUUCGCUAAGGAGAACAAUGUAGACCUUUCGGUGAUUGGCUCAUCAUCUACAAUAUCGACGUCAAGAUUCCCCACCGAAAUAGAUCAGACGAAGAUAGCCUUUGCUAAGUCAUGGCUCUCUAAACAGACUCAACCAUUAAGUGAUGUAUAUGGUGUCCUAGAAAACAGAGUUCUUAAAUCAUUAGAAGAUUCUGUAUUCACUAAUUCUUCAUGUACCAUCGAUGGUAGAGUCAAACAAGAUUUUGUUUAUCUUUAUAAUACGAGUACCAUGUCGACAUCAGACACCAUUGCUCAUCCAGCCAAAACUGAGAAAGGAAUAUUAUCGUUGGGUAAAUCUACUGCUAUCGGCGGUGCCAAUAGUAAUGCAACAAACAAGAAUACUGUAACUCCAUCCUCUUCCAAUACUACCACUGGCGGUUUAUUUUCUUUCCAAGAGAUGGAGGAAUAUGAAAAUAUAUAUCGUCACUUAUAUACAGUAUUGAAUUUACAUUGGUCCGUAUUUGGGAACCAUUACAUUGAUGCAUUAAGAGACGACAAUGCUGGAAUGCAAGGUCAUACAAAGAAUGACGGCGAUACUGAGCAUGAAGAUAUUGAAAUGAAUUGA